CAGAAAGAUGUGUCUUUGCUGGGCCGUGGUCCUUCCGCCGCAAACCUAACCGUUAUUAAAUGGCUACCGAGGGUCUCAAAGCAUGAUAUUUUAGGGGUUUUCCUAAAACAUUAUAUUCCGAUAAAAUGCUCAGGACAGGGAAAACUCUGCUUGGGCAAAGGACUUUCACGCAGAAGCAGGUCUAUCCUAGACGUGCACAUGUCUUGGUGACAGCUGGAUUGGGCUUUGGCAAAAAGGACAACGUAAAGGCGUGCCCAUGCGGGUCAGGGCAAGACUACCAGGCUUGUUGCCAGCGCUACCACAAAAGCCUCACCGUGCAGGCGCCCACGGCCGAGGCAUUGCUGCGGGCCCGCUUCUCCGCGUAUGCAAAGAGGGAGUGGAAGUAUGUGGUGCGGACCACCCACCCCGCCAAUCCCAACGUGAAGGGCACGGUGUCGGAGGAUGGUAAGGUCCGGACGACUUUUGAGGAGGACGUCAAGGUCUCCAUGUACAACUGCGACUUCGUACGGCUGCAGGUGCUGGGCCAGGAGCUCGGUGCGAGUCCCAGGGAGGUGAUCAUCGACUUCCAGCUCGACAUUCGCCAGAAAUUGGACGAGAAGGCACGCAAGCUGGAAAAGCCCCUUCCACGGACCAUCCGGGAGAAAGCACUGUUCGUUCUGAGCGACGACGGCGCCUGGGAGUUUUUGCGCGCGGUGGACAGCAACUGGGAUCGGGUUAAGCUCGAGUACCGCGGUGUGGAGGGGACGGCACAGCCGGCGGGGCCCCGGCUCCGCAGACCUCCCGACGAUCUGCUGCACCUUGCCCUGCCGGUUGUGUCCGCCUCCUCCCUACCCCCCACCCAACCCCCGACGGUGGACUUCCGAGCCCACCGCACCUGGGCCCGUCGCUUCGUCGCCAUUUUCAUUGCCCACGACACCUCGCGACGACCCACCUGA